GGCGGGGGUCGCCAUGAGCCUGAUGCUGGAGACGCUGCUGGGCCCCCCGGGGGGGCUCCGCAAGGAGCCGGGCCGCGCUCCCCCGCGCUCCGCCGCCUCCAGCGGCUUCUACUCGUGGCAGGCCCCGGUGGUGGGGCGGGCGCGGGGCGCCGCGGGCGGCGGCGGCAGCGCGGCCGCGUCCUCCACCGAGAGCCUGGACUCGCUGAACGGCGAACCGCGGGCGCGCAACGAGAAGGAGCUGCUGCAGGUGCUGAACGACCGCUUCGCCGGCUACAUCGAGCGGGUGCGGGCGCUGGAGCAGCAGAACCGGGCGCUGGCGGCCGAGGCGGCGGCGCUGCGGCAGCAGCAGGCGGGGCGCUCGGCCAUGGGCGAGCUGUACGCGCGGGAGCUGCGGGACAUGCGGGGCACCGUGCUGCGCCUGGGCGCCGAGAAGGGGCAGCUGCGCCUGGAGCGGGCGCGCCUGGCCGAGGACGUGGCGGCGCUGCGGGGAAGGCUGGAGGACGAGGCCCGGCAGCGCUCGGAGCUGGAGGCGGCGGCCCGCGGGCUGGCGCAGCGCUCGGCGCAGGAGGAGCGGGCUCGGGCGCCGCUGGAGGAGCGAGCCCGGGCGCUGCGGGAGGAGGCGGAGCAGCUGCGGAGGCAGCACCGCGCCGAGGUGGGAGCGCUGCUGCGCGGGGCUCGCCCCGAGCUGCCCGCGGAGCCCCCCGCGUCCCUGCGCCCCGGCGUCACCGCUGCGCUCCGCGACCUGCGCGCACAGCUGGAGGGCACGGCGGUCCGCAGCACCCUGCAGGCCGAGGAGUGGUUCCGCGUGAGGCUGGACAAGCUCUCGGAGGUGGCCAAGGUGAACACGGACGCCAUGCGCUUGGCCCAGGAGGAGAUCUCCGAGUACCGCCGGCAGCUCCAGGCCAAGACCACCGAGCUGGAAGCCCUCAAAGGCACACAGGAGUCACUGGAGAGGCAGAGGCAGGACUCGGAGGAGCGCCAUCAUGCAGAUGUCCUGUCCUACCAGGAAACCAUCCAGCAGCUUGACAGCGAGCUGAGGAACACCAAGUGGGAGAUGGCAGCUCAGCUCCGGGAGUACCAGGAUCUGCUCAAUGUCAAAAUGGCCCUGGACAUCGAAAUUGCUGCCUACAGAAAGCUCCUGGAAGGGGAGGAAUAUCGGCUUGAGACUGGCAUUGGGAUGCUCUCCUACCCUGAGGUGGUCCCCAAGCCUCCCAGCAUCACCACCAGCAUCAAGGUAAAGAGCGAGGAGAAGAUCAAGGUGGUGGAAAAAUCAGAGAAGGAGACAGUGAUUGUGGAGGAGCAGACAGAGGAAAUCCAGGUGACCGAGGAGGUCACAGAGGAGGAGGAGGCUGAGAAAGAGGCUGAAGAGGAAAAAGCUGAAGAGAAGGAGGAGGGGGAGGAAGAAGAAGAGGAGAAAGCUGAAGAAGAGGGUGAAGAAAAGGCCGAGUCUCCUGCAAAGGAGGAGGCCAAGUCCCCAGAGAAACCUGAGUCCCCCUCAAAGGAGGAGGCCAAGACCCCAGCAGUCAAGUCCCCUGAAAAGUCCCCAACCCCCUCAAAGGAGGGGGCCAAGACCCCAGUUGUGAAAUCCCCAGAAAAACCUGCAACCCCCUCAAAGGAGGAGGCCAAGAGCCCGGCUGUGAAGUCCCCAGAGAAACCCCCAACCCCCUCUAAGGAGGAAGCCAAGACUCCAGCUGUCAAAUCCCCUGAAAAGCCACCAACACCCUCAAAAGAGGAGGCCAAGACCCCGACUGUGAAGUCCCCAGAGAAACCCACACCUCCCUCAAAGGAUGAGGCCAAGACCCCAACAGUGAAAUCCCCAGAAAAACCCACACCCCCCUCAAAAGAGGAGGCCAAGACCCCAACUGUCAAGUCCCCAGAGAAACCCCCAGCCCCCUCUAAAGAAGAGGCCAAGAGCCCAGCUGUGAAGUCCCCAGAGCCACCUGCAACUCCCUCAAAAGAGGAAGCCAAACCCCCAUCUGUCAAAUCCCCAGAGAAGCCCCCAACCCCCUCUAAGGAGGAGGCCAAGUCCCCGGCUGUGAAGUCCCCAGAGAAAGUCAAAUCUCCCGUGAAGGAGGAGGCCAAGUCUCCACAGAAGGAAGUGGCCCCAGCCAAGGAGCCAAGCCCUGCCCCACAGGAGCCAAAGGCCCCCGCCAAGGAGGAGCAGCCCAAGGAGGUGAAGGCUCCCUCCAAGCCCGAGGAGGGUAAGAAGGAGGAAGCUCCCAAGAAGGACAUCCCAGCCAAGGCAGAGGAGAAACCCAAAGAGAAGGCGGCUGCUGUGCCAGAGCCUCCAGCUCCACAGGCCAAAGAGACCAAGCCAAGCCCCAAACCUGUCGAAGAGGGAAAAGCCGAGGAGGCUCCAGCAAAGCCUCAGCAGGAGGUCAGCAAAGCGGCCACCAAGGAGGCUGAAAAGCCAAAGGCUGAGGAGAAGGUGGAGGAGCCCAAGAAGAAAGCAGAAGAACCCAAGAAGGAGAAAGUGGAGGAGGCCAAGAAGGAGAAAGUGGAGGAGGCCAAGAAGGAGAAAGUGGAGGAGGCCAAGAAGGAGAAAGUGGAGGAGGCCAAGAAGGAGAAAGUGGAGGAGGCCAAGAAAGAAAAGGCAGAGGAGCCCAAGAAGGUGGACGAACCCAAGAAGGAGGAUGAACCCAAGAAGAAGGCAGAGGAGUCCAAGAAGGAGGAUGAACCCAAGAAGAAGGCAGAGGAGCCCAAGAAGGUAGAGGAACCCAAGAAGGAGAAGGCAGAGGAACCCAAGAAAGUGGAGGAACCCAAAGCUCAGGCAAAACCCAAAGAUGAGCCCAAAGCCAGUAAGGAACCCUCCAAAGUCGAGGCUCCCUCCAGCAAGGAGGGCACAGCCCCGGAGCCAGGGAAGAAGUGAUGGGAGGGUCCCGGGUGCCAAAGACACCUCCGGGCAUGGGAGCUGCUCCGCUCCCUCCGAUGGCUGGGCCCGGGGUGGGACCCCAGGGCCCCCCAGGCCAGGCUUUCCCUUAGCAAUAGGCCCGUGAGAGCCCCUCGGGUGGGCGAUUGCUUCCCUCGCAGAACGUGACUUCGCCGAGCGCCACAUUUAAACACUUGAAUUAUAACCCAGGAGAAGAGGGGGGACCCCCAGGGGAACUCCACCACCCUUCUCCUCUAAGUGCAUUUAUUUAAUGUAUGUGCAAUGGAUGGAUGAGUGCAAUGCAGAGCUGUAGCUGCUUGGGGGGCUGGCGGGGUCCUGCCCUGCCCCGGGGGGGGAGUCCCUGUGGGCAGAGGUGGGAGAGGCUGGGAGCUGCUGGAAUGCUCACAGACACACACACGGUGCACCAGGAACCUCAGCCCACUGAUCUUUGCUUUCUGUGCAAUAACCAAAUAAAAGUGCUUACGGAAACACCCUGGCUCUGCUGGCUUGUCCUGGGGAGAGGACAGGGAAGGAAGGUGGGAGUGUGGGGCUGGGAUCUGUCACUCAGGGCUGGGAUGGGGGACCUGAGGCUUUGCGGAGGGAAAACAUCCCACAGCAGGCACAGAGGACCCUGUGACCUGAGGAUGGAAAGAGGGCCAGCCCUGCCAUGCUUUCCAAAGGAUUUCAGUGU